CUAACUGGACAAACGAUAACUUGUAACGUGACCAGGUCUUGUCUAAGUGGCAAUGCCAGGGUGGAAUUUGUUUUAAACUUAAGUUAUUAAUUACAAGAAAAAUACAGAAAAUAUGAAGGAAAGAGAGUCUGCUUCUUCACCUUCACCUUCUCCUUACUCCUAAAUUUUCUCUAUGCCGACAGCCAGCCUCUGUUUCCCUCCGGCUCUCCGGCACGAGUGAGUGAUCUUCGUCGGCGAUGGUGGAGCGGAGGCGGCUUAUACUUUAUCUUCUCCCUCUUUCUUUGAUUCCUUGAAGCUCUCCACCUCCCACCUCUGUUCUGUCAUUCAUUGAAGAUCCAAUUUAGGGUUUUGUUUCAAUUGAUUCCACCCUCAAUUAAUUAUAGAAACCAGAUCUCCGCCCUAUAGACUUCUUCCCCUUCCACUUCUUCUUCUCUCCGUUUACAAUCCUCCGGCCGCAUCCAUAUGCUUCGUCGCCGACCAGAAGCGUGACCAACCAACAUCCACAACUACGAAUCAACUACCCUAACUCACCCAGUCCGCCUCCCUCUUUCUCCCGGCAGGCAUGGCCAUAGAUUUGUCCACCAACCAAUUCGCAGGCGGCGAGGCAGAGUAUCACAUCGACUCGUGUAGAGGUGGAGAAAAACCCUCACCCCGCCGCACCAAUUCCGCCACUACAGUUCAUCCCGAAGGAAUCGAUGGCGGUGAGGUCGUGGAGAUGGAGGGCCAUCCCGGCGACCCGCAGCCGGUGCCUAGCUCGAUGGCUCUGUUGUGCUCAGAGCGGAAGGUAGAAGGGAUUUCUUCGAUAUGAAAAGAAACAGGGAUGGAGGAGGCACCUGGAGAUUUGGUUUGGGAGGAGUAAGGGUUUGGGGCGGUGGGAUUUUUUUAGCAAAGCGGGAUUUUUUGGCAGGCGGGGGUAGCCGGUAGUUAUGAGAUUUUUAUUAAAAAAAAUUAAGUAAUGAAUUUUUUUUAAUUAA